ACCCGAUACUUGGGGGCGACCCCACCUCCACUCCGAGUACCAUGGACACUUCAGAGUCCAGUUCAACAAGGCAGGAGGAGAAGGAGGAAAGCGGGAGCGAGGGUGCUGCGGAGGAGAGGAGACAGCCCAGCAUCCAGAGAUGUGUGCAGCCAGAGCUGUUUUCAAGCCAGGAGGAAGGUAGCCAGUUGCAGCGGCCGGUGCUUGGGGAAGGACAAACACCAGAGGAGGUUCAUGAUGCAACCUUGAGAUCUCAGCCGUUUAUGUCAUCACCGGCCGAAAGACUCCAAAGAAUUCGGAAGGGGCCACGUAGAAGCAAAGAGGACAUGCUGCAUGAAGUAACGCAGCAGUCCCUUAAUGAAAAUCAAAAACUGCAGGAGUGGCGGGAGAGUGAAAGGAGGGUCCUCCAGCAGAAUGUGGAUCGCCGGCACCGAAGCACCGAGCGUCUGCUAAGCAUUAUGGAGCGCCAAGUGGACUCGAUACAGGCGCUCGUAGCAAUGCAGGUGGAGCACUUCUGCCCACCCCCCCACCCCCACCCCCUCCGCAGCCCUUGUCCCAAAACUCUUUCCCUUGUACCCCCAUGUCACGUCCAACCCUCUCAACCCCCAUCACUAUGCAUUUUAGCCAGCCAGAAGUGCAGCACUCAUUGCACAGCACUCCAGAUGGGAAGGCUGAGUAUGAUAACAGGAAAACGAUAACAGGACAUACGCAAAUCUGUGAUUGUACC